CUGCAUCAAUCAACAGAGGUCAAAAUGGCGGGAAGAUGGGACGGCUUCCAGGGCCUUCCUCACGGCUGGGAGGUGAAGUUUGACGGCAGAUCUGGCAGAUACUACUUUGUCGACCACAUAAAUAAGCAGACAUCAUGGGAGGACCCUCGCCUAAAGAGCGCUCCCCCACCUCCGCCUCACCCAGACACACUGCCAGCAGAGAUGAGGGCACAGCAGGAGAGCCAGUCACUUCCUCAUUACCAGCCUCCCUGGAUGAGCCCCUUUUUAGGGGGUCGGUUCUCCUCCUACUACCCCCCGUAUGGAGGUUAUAACUUGGCGUACAUGCCUCCAUAUGCACUGUAUGGUCCUGUGUAUCCACUUCAGAAUGUGACCAAUGCUCCUCUCCAGGGUGGGUCAGGUAGCAAAUACGGAGGAACGUCAACUACUGAUGCUGGCACAGGACAUGGUAUUCCCUCAGUCCACCAGGAGGCAGGACUGCUGGAAGCUGUUGAACACUCACAGUUAGCAGCUGCCAAGAUCUCUGCUAUGUUCCCCACUGUUCCAGAAUCCCAUAUCAAGGACCUCAUGAAAAAGUACCACAACAGGGAGGCUGUAGUCAUCAGCGCACUGCAGGUACAAAAACACCCACUUGCCACUCCCGGGCCUUACGGUACCUUUACACCUCCUCCCAUGCGUCACUUUAUUCCUACCGCUACUGCACUCAUGGCCUUGCAGAGUACCAAGACAUCAUCAUCAGCGGUCACCUCAACCACAUCAACUUCUGGGAUAACAACGUCUACUACCACUGCCACGUCCCAAGAUAAAAGUAUUACUCAGAUAAUUUCCACUAGUUCACCCAUGACUACCAUUGCUACAAGUAAUGGCAUUGCUGUUACUACCACAGAUACUGAUCAGGUAGUAGUUACUUCGCCAAAGAUCGAUCGUGUGCCAUACCGUUCGGUGUACGAACGAGUUAGAGGGAUUCACCUCGACGAAAAGGCAAGGCGAUCACCUAUGAUUGGUCAACAUGGGUCUCUGGAGAAGGCCGUUGGCUCACCUCACUUGGGUCGUGGAUCUAUUGAUAAAUCUGUAGGGUCUCCCAGACUGAGGCAAGGUUCUCUGGAGCGGUCAAUAGGUUCUCCAUAUCUGGGACGAGAUUCACCGCUACUGUCAUCUCGUGCCUCGUCUCCCCACGCGUUUUUGGAAGGUUCGCCUCGACCCACUGCUCGCUCUACCUCCGACUUUACCCGUUCUCUAAUAGGAUCACCUCGGAUGGAUUAUCGUCACUCGCCCCGGCCCUCUCCACACUCUCCCAAGAUCAAACUAAGAUAUUUGAAGGGAAUAUUCCCAAAGGUGGACCCUACUGUCAUACUGGACGUGCUCACCCAGUGUAACUACAACGUCAAGGAUGCCUCCGAGAAGAUGAUCCUCAUGGGUCACGAGAAGAAAGACACGAUACUAGUGCCGCCCAAACUCAAAGAUCGUCCCGAUGGUAAGGAGAACAAAGCCGCCCCGAAACCUUCUCCUGGACCACCUCGACCGAAGAAUCUGAGCGAGAAACAUAAGAAGAAAGUGCGUAAUGAGCUGACGGUUGAUUAUCCGGCAAUAACUCCGACAGUGGUCACCAUGGCCCUGCAGUCAGUUUUUUAUGAUGAGGCAAGAGCUCGACAGGUUCUCAAUAAUAUGGCUGAAUCGGACCGUAAAACACAAGAGACACUUGCAGCUUCUACACCAAAGAUGUCAAGGUGUUCUGAAAGUAAACCAGUUACUCUGAGUCUGAUUGGAUCUCCUCCGCUGUCUAGAAGAGAUGGUGUAAAGCCCACAAGACCAUCAUUACCAAGAACAAGAAUUAACACUGCCUGGACAGCUGCUCAAACAGUUUCACGGGGGACGAGCACGGAGGAAGACCUGGGUUUUCGCAGUGAGCAACGUACACAUCCAAGCGGUCCCAACACCAAGCUGCAUAAAGGGCCUUCAGAGUGCCUGCUGCUGUCAGAUUACCAAGUCUGGCAUGGCCCUAAUCCAGAAAAUGCAACGGGUCACAGCAAAGCUUUGGCUCAGGGUCCUAAACGCACUCUCCUGCGCGGACCGUCUGGCUUGGCUCGUGGACAGGACCCCACAAUACGCAAAGGACCACAAGGACUUGCCAAAGGAUCAAAAUUUAUCCAGGGUAUUAAGAAGGAACCAUGUUUUUCCACCAAAAUGCUCUAAGGUUUUGUUUUAGCUUUAUUAUUAUUAUGUUACUCUGUGCAGAACUGAGGUAAAGUCAUCCCCUAUAGUCACCAGAUUAAUCAGAUUUUAAAGUGAAGUUUUUAUAGUGCUAAGGUACAAGUCUAUAUUAUAUAUAAUUAAUCAAUACAGUAGUUAGAAUCUGUAGCUGUGAAAAAAGGAAAAUAUUAAUAACGUGUCAAUACCUUUAAUGUUGUUCUUUUGUGACAGUUACUGUGUUAAUUAAAAGGUAUGAAUUUGAAUAUCACGUCCUCUUACAAAAGGUAAAUUGUACCUUGUAAAAUCCAAAUGUCAGUAUUACUAAUGUGAAAAUACCUCCUUUGUGGUAUAACUUCCAUACUGUUUUUAUUAAUGGAUGUGAGGAUUAAGACAAUAAACUAAUGACUAAUUACAAAGGCAGUCUAUUCCAAAAUUUGAUAUAAGAGUCAUGUUAUAUAUGGUUAUAAACAAUAUAGUUCUGUAUGCAGUCUUUUGUGAUAUCAGGGUUAACAAACCCAUACUCUACUGUACUGCCAAGUAAGAAUUUAUUUAGGUAAAUUUGGAACUAUCUUCAGUUGAAUAGUACAGAUAGAUUACUUAAAGGACAUUCUCUUGGCUCUUUUUCCCCGAAUAGAAAUGGUCUGAGAUAUAUCUUAGGGAAGUAUUGUGCAAUAUUGGAUAUAAUUAUUGACCAUGAUCUGUUAUCUUCCACUAGGAGAAUGUGUUGUGCCAAAAGGAAAAGAAAACCAGUAUUUAUUGCAUAUCAGAUUUACACAGGUGAGAAGGGGGGUGUCAAGGUAACAGUACAGUAUUAUGGACAGGUACAAGGUUGUGUUUUAUCUAGUGGCUAUUACUUGUGUUCUGAGUUACUGAAUCGGAAAUGUCAUGUGGAGGUGCGUGACAUUUAUGAUAUAAGAAAAGAAACCCUUCACCAGUAGUUUGUCUUUAUUGAAUAUAUUUGUCUUUUUAAUGCUCCCAAAUUUUUAUUCUUAUUAUGGUAUGGCUUCAAUCAUUAUCAAGUACAUCUGCCUUUGUUGUAUGUUAAUGUUUGGUUUCCAUUGUUUAAUUUAAGUGUUGCUGAAUAAACUCUUAUGUUGGAGAUUAUUAUUCAUAGUGAAAUUCAGAUCAGGUUCACUUUUGACAAUUUUAGCUUUAAGAGUUCCAAGGUUAUAUCAAUGAAAUUUAAUGUUCCUUUUCCUCUUAGUUUUUACUUUAUUAUUUAAUAAAUAUUAGAUAAUAUAAUGGCCCCAGAGUCUCUUCCCAGUUUGAUAACAUUUGGAAUGAAUUGGUGGUUUUUGAAGGUUCACUUUCCUGACUACUUUACUGCAUUUGAUGUCCUUAGUAGAGUAUUGUAGCUGGCCGUGUUUUAAAGGAUUGCGAUGUUGAAAAUGUUGGUUAUACUCGCUGCUGUACCACAAGUGGAUAUAGAACUGGUGGCCGUCCAUUAGUUGCUAAUACAGUGACCUGAACAAAUAUCCAAGCAUUUUGUGUAGCUUCGGUACAUCACAAGAAAUCAUCAGAUUCAAUAAUCAA